AUGUUGAGACCAUUCGGCUCGAUUCGCCUCAUCCUGUUCGAUGCUUUCGACACGUUGGUACAGCCCGUGACGCCGCCGUUCCAGCAAUACGCUGAGGAAGCACGCAAAGCUGGCCUUGGAUUGAGCGAUGAGAACGUGGCAAAGGCCUUCAAGCAAGCAUUCCGCAGUCUCUCUACUUCGCAUCCCAACUAUGGCCUGGACACCGGUCUGACCUCGCCCGACGAGUGGUGGCGGCUCGUCAUAUCCGAGACGUUUGACCCCUCGCAUCAUCCGCCACCGCAUCCCGUCACGCAGUCGCAGUUUGAAAGGCUGGUACCCGGCAUCGCCAACCGACUCGUGCGCCGCUUCGGGACCAGAUAUGCCUACCGUCUCUUUCCCGAUGUCGCCCCUGCCCUGACCUUGCUGUCGCGCCGUGGUAUCAAGAUGGCCCUGGCGACAAACAGCGAUUCGAGGAUCCUACAAGUCCUGUCGGAAUUCAACAUGGACAGGUUCAUCGACCUCGACUACCAGCACGCAAAAUAUCACCACAGGGGGGGCGGCGGUCCGACGUUGAGCUAUUUCCAGCGGUGCCAGAAGCCAGAUCCGCGCUUCUUCCACGCCGCUGUCCAAAGGAACAGCAACGGGCCCAUCGAGGGACAAGGCGUGCUGUACGUCGGCGACCAGGUCUUUGAAGACUUUUGGGGAGCAAAGGAUGCCGGCCUGGAGGCAGUCUGGCUAGACCGGCAGGGCGAAAGGCAUCAGCCCCCGAUGCCGGCCGGCGAUCAGGCCAGAGGCACGCCGGAGGAGCUGGAGACGUUACGGCAGCGAACAAUACACGACCUCGUACAGCUAGUCGAACUGGUCACCUAA